GCUUAUAUGAUGAUGCUUAAAUGUAGCGAAUUAGCUAGAAUAUUGUUGGAAGCCUGUAAAAUAAGGCAAAAAAUGGAAGGUGGGAAGGCUUCCCGAGAUGGAAAUGAUCAGCAGCCAAGAGACACUUACAAGAUCGCUUACAUAAUCCAUUUCUUGCUUGGUGCUGGCAAUUUGCUUCCUUGGAAUGCUUUAAUCACAGCCGUUGAUUACUUUGCCUAUCUAUAUCCAGCCAAGCACGUCGAGAAGGUUUUCUCUGUUGCUUACAUGGCUUCUUCUGUGCUGAUGCUGGUUGUUAUGCUCAGUUGGCGGGGCUGCAGCCAGAGGCUCAAUUUUCGAUUCAGAAUGAACUUGGGAUUUUCUCUGUUUGUUUUCUCUCUAAUGGUGGCUCCAGUAAUAGACUGGUCUUGCCGCCACAAAAGCACCGGCGGCGGGCCGCCAACCGGAGCCUAUGGUGUGACAGUUGCUUCUGUCAUAGUCUGUGGGUUAGCUGACGGUUUGGUCGGAGGAAGCUUGAUAGGAUCAGCUGGAAAACUACCAAAAGAGUAUAUGCAGGCUGUUUUCGCUGGAACUGCUUCUUCAGGUGUUCUGGUUUCUAGUUUGAGGAUUGUGACAAAGGCAUCACUUCCGCAGACUCCAAAGGGUCUUCAAACAAGUGCCCACUUCUAUUUUAUUGUUGGCACUAUCAUCCUCUUAUGCUGCAUACUUUCUUGCAAUCUGUUAUACAAGUUGCCAGUCAUGCAGCAGCAUCAUAGACUUCUUGAAGAUGAUUCAAGGCCCAAAUUUUGGUCCGUGGCAGGAAAAAUUCGAUGGCCGGCUUUUGGGAUUUUCCUAAUUUAUCUUGUGACUCUGUCAAUCUUCCCAGGAUUCUUAGCAGAAAAUGUGGAAUCCAAGGUUCUUGGAGAUUGGUAUCCCAUUCUGCUCAUCACCAUGUAUAAUAUUGCAGAUUUGUUGGGGAAAUCUCUGACUGCAAUAUAUCUUCUAAACAGUAUUAGAAAGGCUACAUGGAACUGCAUUGCCAGGCUUUUGUUCUAUCCGCUAUUCACAGCUUGCUUGCAUGGACCCAAGUGGUUAAAAACAGAGAUGCCUGUAGUAACUCUUACGUUUAUGCUUGGAUUGAGCAAUGGAUAUCUUACAAGUGUGUUCAUGAUCCUGGCUCCUAAAUCUGUACCAGUUUCAGAAGCAGAAAUUUCUGCCAUUGUAAUGGUUGUGUUCCUAGGACUUGGUUUGGUAGCUGGUUCGGUUCUUGGCUGGUUCUGGAUUAUAUGACUAUUUGAGCCUUAUUAGUUCAGCUUAUAUCUCUUGGUGAAUAUGGGAAAGUUGACCAUGAUGUAAAAGAUGAACAUCAUCAAAUAUUCUGUAAUCUCAAUUUAGUUGUAGUGAACCUGCAGUACUUCAGUUAUCAGCCAGUUUCCUAGAUUUAUUUUCUUC